AUGGACUUAGAAGAUUGUCAUCUACCACAACACCCCUCAAUCAAUUCCAUCGACAUCCGCCGCGUGGAGUUCGACCCCGAUUUGGUAGUCACGCCUAUUAUACCCAUCGAAAGUCAGGCACAACCAGGAUGGGGAGUGUGGGAUGACGAUGACAAGGAUGACAGUGUUAUCUACUUGGAACAACUGAUAGCUGAUGAACAUUCCUUCAACAAACAAAUGUGGCAUGGUGGGGUUACAUCUGAGCCUCUCAUCCAGGAGCCAAAGAAAAGGGUCCGGGUUAAGAAGAAGUCUCCUCCUAUUAAGCAAUCUUUGAAACCAAAACAACCAUCUUCAUCGAAUCAAAGGCGUAUAAGUUCCUACUUUACGCGUUCAAGCGUCCACAGCUUUACAAAUGUUCAACUUACGGAGAUUGUGAUCCAGCUUUCAAUGGAAAUUAAGCAGCUCCGCCGGGAGAUGAAACGUAGGAAGAAACGUUCUCAUCAUAGGCAAUCAUCUUUUCAUUACUCCAUGCUUCCCCGUCGCAAGAAGUCCAAAACAACUCCCCACAAGCCUGAAUCAACACCACCCAACACCGAUGGCCUUCAUAAUCAGGAUGGCGGAAUGGAGACAGAUGAGUUUCCUCAAACGUGCUCCCCUGUCAUCAGUCAAUACGAAGCUCAAUUACAUCGUGAUGCUACAGCUGAUCCCCUUCUGAGCGAUCCCUGCAUCCAGUCACAGAGUGUCCACGUUUCACCUAACCACAAUAAUAUAAGUGUCCACAUUUCUCCCGACCACAAGGAAGGCAUCCACAAUCUAACUGUGCACAGAUCUCCGGACCACAAGGAAGAUAGUGGUCACCACUCCCCUGUUGAUCCACAAACCAUACAUCACCCACCUCCGGACACAUAUUCCUAUGACGAGCCACCUCUUACGCCAGUCAGCGUGCAACCUCCUUGGUCUGAACUCAAAUCCGCCAUCUACGAUCAAAGUGAUCACCCCAACAGCCCCGAGAUUAAUCACAUCCUCUAUCAUGGUGUGAGGAUUUAUGAUGCGGUCAAUCCAGACCCACCAAUCUUUGAUUCAUCUAUUCCUCCAUCCUCUCCUCAACCAAUAUUUGAUUCAUCUAUUCCUCCAUCCUCUCCUCCACGCAAUUGCUUAAUAUUGUCACCGCAGCCUACAACACUGCUUACAUCACCCACUAAGAGCAUAGACAGUUUGUCGGGCUUCGCUGGUCAUGCUGCUACCGUUAAUGCGUUCACAGCUACAGCCUCCUCCAACACUCCACCUCAUAAGGAACAAAAAACUGAAGGAGUUGAACCAAAUACUGAUGAAGUUGUUGACCUAACGGAGACAAAAGACAUGGAGAGGCACGUUCUAUCUUUGGAGGAGAUCCAUCUUUCUAAUGAAUUAUCCAGAUCGCCAUUAAUCCAUGCGAUUGCACUCAUCUCACCACUUCCAUCUCUCAAGUGGGAUCUUUUCUGCAACACAAUCAAAACUAGGAGCAACGUCUACCACACCACCCUAUCUGAGUUUGAAUUCUCCAACAAAUUUCUUAUCGAUCUCGCUAAACCACAGCAAUGGACAACUAGCCACCACAUGGAAAUUCUAAUAUACAUGCUCGCUGGGAGACAUUCAACACAUCUUCUCAGGGAAAAAUCAGCAUUCACCACACCACUCCUAGCUUCUUACAUCUAUGACAGUUGGUCUGUUUUUGGCCCCUGCAGAAAGAGAUCAACAUUUGUCUGGGAUGAGCGUCUUGCUGACAUUGUUCUCCAGGAAGGGAAGAAAUGGAUGCACGAUAUUCACACCAUCUACACUCCGAUGCUUUGGAACAACAACCUUGAUUUGGGGUUAGUUGAAAUCCUCGAUCCUAUUCCGGCUUUGUAUGCAGACACUCGUGUUGAGCGGUUCAUGCAACCAUUGUUUGUGGUUAUCCUAAACCCAAAAAAAUGGGUCCGUCCACGUCCACGUUUGAAGUUAGUGGUUUGUGGUUAUGCUCAAGCAAGAGCCGCUACAAUACUAAUCACCUUCCUCCGGUUAGUCAGAUGA